UCUCACAGGUGAGGCCACUGAGGCACAGAUGGGCUAAGACUUAGCUAAGAAUCAGGCGGGCAUCAGCCUGUCUCAACAUCAGCGCGGCAUCCUCGGAGCCUAGAACCGUGUCCGGCACAGUGAGCACUCAAAAAUGCUUGUCGAGUGAAUGAGUGAAUCCAUACUUCUCCCCCUUCUAAUAAUUCACCCCUGGUUUUCUGGUCAGAUAACUAGGGCCCCAGGCUGGACUCAUAGGCCUCCUAAAUCCAUCUUCACACCCAGGAAAAUGCAACCCCUCCUUUCCGUGCUCCACAGUUUCCAGAUCUGCGGUUUGCUUGGCAGGUUAGGGACGUGGCUUUCUCCUUAGGAGGCGGGACCAAGGUCAUCUAUCCCUUCUAUUGGUGAUUAUCAUCUUGGGGGCGGAAUCUGUCAAAAUCGGCUUUCUUGAUUUGCUGCCUCGCUGAUGACCCGUGACCCGGAAGCUCUAUGGACGGACAUGGCGGCGCCCAGGGGCAAGACGGAACCGGCCCGGGUUCCGUGGCCGGUCGCGUGAGUAGGUGGCGGCCUGAGCCAACCCAAGACCUAGAGCUUGAGCAUGAGCUGCGUUCGAGCCGCACUGCUGGCCCGAGGCCUCCCUCGGGGCCGGGCAGCCAUCUGUAGCGCCAUCCUCCCCGGAGCCCCCUUCUCCCAGGUGUCGCCCCUCCUCCCACGGGGCCUCCACUGCAGCGCCACCCCCUACACUUCCACGAAGUCCCUGGUCCCUCGUCCCUCUGAGCCUGAAAAGAAGCCUGGGAAGGUCCCCGCGCCCCACGAGGAGCUGUUCCAGCGGGCGCCGGGCAGCGCGCGGGACAAAGCCAGCUUCGUGCGCGCCGUGCAGAGCUUCGGACAGCACAACGUGCGCAAGCGCGGCCACGUGGACUUCAUCUACCUGGCCCUGCGCAAGAUGCGCGAGUACGGCGUGGAGCGCGACCUGGCCGCCUACAACCUCCUGCUGGACAUCUUCCCCAAGGAGGUCUUCCGGCCGCGCAACAUCUUCCAGCGCAUCUUCAUCCACUACCCGCGGCAGCAGGAGUGCGGCGUGGCCGUGCUGGAGCAGAUGGAGAACCACGGAGUGAUGCCCAACAAGGAGACGGAGUUCCUGCUGCUGCAGAUCUUCGGGCGCCGCAGCCACCCGAUGCUCAAGUUCGUGCGCAUGCGCCUGUGGCUCACACGCUUCCAGAACGUCAACCCCUUCCCGGUGCCCCGCGAGCUGCCCCAGGACGCAGUGGAGCUGGCCACGCUGGGCCUGCGGCACAUGGAGCCUGACCUCAGCGCCAGGGUCACCGUCUACCAGAAGCCUUCACCCGAUGACACAAGAGAUCCAGCGGAUUCCAUUCAGCCCCACAUCGUAGGCAUCCAGAGUCCCGACCAGCAGGACGCCCUGGCCCGCCACAACCCAGCCCGGCCGCUCUUUGUGGAGGGACCCUUCUCCCUGUGGCUGCGCAACAAGUGUGUCUAUUACCACAUCCUCAGGGCCGACCUGCUGCCCCCGGAGGAGAAGGAAGUGCAGGAGAUCCCGGAGGAGUGGAACCUCUACUACCCGAUGCAGCUGGACCUGGACUAUGCAAGGAGCGGCUGGGAUGACUACGAGUUUGACAUCGAUGAAGUGGAGGAAGGCCCAGUCUUCGCCAUAUGCAUGGCGGGUGCCCACGACCAGGAGACGCUAGCCAGGUGGAUCCAGGGCCUGCAGGAGACCAACCCAGCCCUGGCCCGCAUCCCCGUGGUCUUCCGGCUGGCUGGGUCCACGGGGGAGCUCCUGGCGGCAUCAGGACUGGAGGAUUCGCGCCAGUCCCAGCGUGAGGGCCAGGAGGAAGACGAGCGUGUGCAGCGACAGCAGCAGGGCCAGAGUUGAGUCUGAGGAGGCAGUGGCCCAAGGAGGCUGUGGACUGCCGGACUGACGUGAAAGCGCGAGAUGACCUUUGCGUGGACAGCAAAUAAAAAUUUUCUGUCUUGGG